CCAAUAAAAACCCGUCAGGUCAGCUGCCAAUAAGCAAAUCGGUUAUAUCACAAAGUAAACAAAUCCUGGAACAACUUUUACAUACGUGCUGUUGAUUUAGAGGCCCAUGGCAUUUGAGGGAAGAUCUGCUUGGUUAGCUGUGUUGUCCAUCUUCAAAGACCGAAUGCCGGGUUUGUGCCGUGCUGAUGGAAGGGAAAGACUUGGAUAUUAAUGACGUUUUCGACUCAAUUGCGCAGACUGAAGAGCGCCUCUGGGCUGAAGGGUAUCGCGACGGGCUCGAGUCUGGUCGGAAAGAGGGAUCAGCCGACGGCUUCCAUCUGGGGUACCACAGGGGGGCAGAAAUCGGAGCUGAACUGGGGUUUUAUGCAGGUUUUGUCGAGGCAUGGUUGACACUUGGGUCCAUUGUAUUGUCGGAAAAAGCCCGUCAGAGCCUUCAAAAGGUGCUCCAGCUCACACAAAGCUUCCCCCGAAAUAAUGUAGACAGCAUAGACAUUUUUGACUCCCUCGAGGUUGUUCGAAUAUCUUAUAGGAGAGCAUGUUCUCUCCUGAAAACUAAUAUUUGCUACCCUGAGGCUCCUAAGACAUCCUUUUAA